CACCAGUGUCCGCCCCUCCGGAUCCGCCACCUUCGCACUUGGACUGUCGGGGAAGAAGAAAGCGGUGGCUUGACGAGAGCGACCGUGUCUGUGGUGGUAGCUCUUUGCUGUAUUCGAAGGACAAAGAAACAUGGCUGGAGGUAAAGCUGGGAAGGAUGCCAAGGUCAAAGCGAAGGCGGUCUCCAGGUCCGCUCGGGCAGGUCUCCAGUUCCCAGUGGGAAGGAUACACAGACAUCUCAAGAUGAGGACCACCAGCCAUGGCCGAGUUGGGGCAACAGCAGCUGUCUACAGUGCAGCCAUCCUCGAGUACCUCACAGCUGAGGUGCUAGAGUUGGCAGGCAACUGCAGCAAGGACCUCAAGGUAAAGAGGAUCACUCCCCGUCAUCUCCAGCUGGCCAUCCGAGGAGACGAGGAGCUCGACUCCCUCAUCAAGGCAACAAUUGCUGGAGGAGGUGUUAUUCCUUACAUCCACAAGUCUCUUGUUACCAAGAAGGCAAAGCAGCAAUGAGCAGAGCAGACCAAACCCACAAAUACCUCUACUACCAUAGUUCACUGUAGCACCACACUGUAAAUACUCCUGACAGACAAUGCAGUGGAUGGACAAUGUACUACAUGCAUGCUUCAUGCAAUCUAUUCACUCUUAGAAAUCCAGCAGUUUUUCUACCUUUUAUCCAAUUAUGUAAUACUCCAUUGCACAUUCCUUUCUCUUUGCAUGCUCCUCCCAUCUGCAUUAAUAAUGUGGCGGCGCUGCGUUCUUUCCGGCUGCUGCUGCGGCGCGGCGGGCCACUUCGGUAGCGUAGCAGUUAGCAGUUGCAGACUCGAUCUCAGAAGUGCAGUAUUGAGUUGGAAUGGCGUCAGGUUUGCCUGCAGACUGUGACAGGGCGUGGGAUGGUCUUAUCUACUACAAGAAAGGGACGUUUGUUUCGCGCUAUGAGCCGUACUGGGGAGUUGUUAGGAGAGAGAGCUCACGAGGCUUGCAGAGAAUUGACCUUUUCAGACCUCUCUCGGCUGUCCAUUCCACCUCUGACCUCUUCAUACCUCUACAUGAUGUGCUGCAUGUGCUGGACAGAGAGGCCAGGGCCAAGAGGUUUGCGUUCCAGAUCCUAGCCACCGGGUGCAAAUACCACCUAGCAACAGAUACUGCUGAGGACAGGGAGAUAUGGGUGCAGGGCUUGAAGCAAUUCUUGUUUGGCCCACCCCGCCGUGGUGUUGUCUACGAGUACCAGGUGAUAGUGAUCCCAAACAGUCACUCUGAGAAGCUCCAGUUGAGUGGCCGAUACAUCUUGAGGAUCACUGAUUCUCACAUUGCCCUUUUCACGUCCACUGGGACUCUCCCUACUAGAUUCCUCUACUCCCUGUCAGAUGUGGCUCGUACUCGUUACAACACCUUCACUGAUGCAGGCCAGAAAUUCAGUGUCCUUGUAUUGUAUUGCCAUGGCGAUGUAAGUGCUGACUACACACCAGUGCAGAAAAGCACCAAAUCUGCUAGUUGUGCAUUUGGUAAUGGUGGGGUGGUGGGAGAUGAGGAAAUGUUUGUGUUCCAGACACAGAGUGCCAGCACCAUAUGUCGCGCUAUUGAGCAUAGAGCCAAAGAGAUAUCCAAAAGAGGGCAGCAAAAGUCAACAUCUCCUUCCUCCCACCUACCUAACUACCCAGCUAUGUCACUACCUACCUCUUCAUGCUUUCCCAUAUGUGAGAAAGAGCCAUUGGCCCCUUCUGUGGUUCAGCCAUCCAGUAAGCCUCGUCCACCACCCAGACCAGCCAGGACAAGCACCCAAGACACCUCCUCGCCUGCCCAUCCUGAUUUAAAUCUGAACCACAGCACAUCAGAAUCUUCUCUCCCACUCAAAACAAUAAAAGCCCCAAUUCCUCUCCCACGACAUAAGAAGCAUUCUUUUGAUUCAAAUCAACUGCACACUGUGAGAACCACUGACAAGCCUCACCCACCACCACCUUUGACCAAGCCAAAACCACAUCGUCGUCCAAAACCCACAUUAGGUGGACAGUCUUCUCAUGGAAGCCUUCAAUCUUGCAUUAGCAUCACAUCUACAAGCAGCUUACCUUCUCCCCAUAACACUGAACCCCCAGUCACCGAAGAUUUCAAAGCCGAUGCAGUCGACAGUCAGGCAGUUGAGAAAUGCAGCACCGAGAAUGAGCCUAUGUACGUCAACCUUACUUCUUCACCAACCAGCAACGGACAGGAGGAGGGUCAAAAAGAUAUGGAAGAAGAUCAGUGUGGGGAGGUAAUAGUAGGGGCAGAGAACAGGGAUAGUGCCUUACCUGCAUCUUACAUUUUGUCUCCUUCGAAAAGCUACGAUGAAUAUUUGGCAGCUGGAGGUAACCAUGAGGCAGCUCCUCAAUAUUCCACCGUCCCACCAUCCAAGAGCUGUGACAUACUGACAUCUCCAUCUCAUACAGAAGAUGGCGUGAAACAAUCAGAGGCGGAGCUGCAGCGCCCCAUUGAGCUCCCACUAGGAGAUCAGGUGGUACCUAGCCCUCCUGAUAGUCCAGAGAGAGAGGGCUCACCGACAUUGGAUGAUUUCCUGGCCAAGAUCCUGAAGCGAAGGCGAGAGAGCCAAGACAUCAACCAGGAGUGUGACAAUGAGAGCAAUGCCCACCAACACGGAAGGUUCUCACUGAGCAGAACCAGAAGCAGCAACCCAAGAAUCAUGAUGCAAGCCGGUGCUCAUGUUAGCAGCCCUCAAACCCCUUACUACUACAAUAUGCCCCCUCUGAUGAGAACCAAGGGGCUCACCGUGGAUGAAGACGAGGAUGAAGAGGGGGAUUCGGCAGAAAUGAAUGGUUCAGAUGAGAGAAACUGCUCGGAUGAGAAAAAAGAGAGAAAAGUGUGCUGUGGGGAGAGCUUAACUGAGAAAGAAUACCGCAGCGAGUGGCUGAGGAAGGGCAGUAGUGUUCAGGAUUGGAUGCCAAUGACCACGAAAGAUGGUAAUGAAUAUAGCGAAGACGAAGACCUAUACUGCACGUACCUCAAAAUUCUUCCGUCGACGGCACAAAGCCUACCUCACCCACCUCCUCACACCGAGAACAGACACAUGUUUCCUGCACUGGAGGAGCAACACUCCAACUCCACGCCGGAAUCAGGGUCUCCCCUCUGGGACACACACAGGGCUAGCAGCAGGCAGAGCAUUGUCCCGUCCCCUCUGACCCAGGGGGGGGCAGAGAAUUCUCCACCAUCCUCACCACAGGUACAGGAUCCCCCAGCAUUCCCUGGAGGUAAAGGGAUCAAAAGAAGCUCUCCAGUCUUCAAGAAGAAGCGGAUGUGUAGCAGUCGAAGAAGGUCAGGAAGGCGAGGAACGCUGUCCGGAGGAGGGAUAAAGUUGCCGGUUGCGGACCAAACUGAUCUGGAUGGGUCCGUACACAAGAGGAGAAGCAGCAGACGGAAAAGUGGAACGGGUACAUUCAGACCGGGUCCCCUUCCUUCCCUGCCUGGCACCUCAGUGGAAGUAGACUCAGACUAUGAGUGGGCCGAGGUGGACGAGGUCCUCUCUGACACUGGCAGCGACUACAUCUACACCACGCCGUUUGAUCUGGGACUGGAAUAUCACCCGAGACGUUCUGCGUCUUGCUCGGAGCUGGCACCUUUUCUCACUGGGCCUGCCUCCAUUGGUCAGAGGCCUCCUGCCCCUCUUCCACUGGCUUCUCAAGAUCCAGUUACUCAGGAGAAUCCUUCACAUGUAGAAUCCCCUGACUCCAGCCCAAUGAAAACUGCAGAGGAGAAGAGAAGUAUUUUUCAACAUUCUCACUCUGUGGGUGACGGUUUCUCAACUGAAAUGUCAGAUGAAGACAUGCAUGGAGAUUAUGAGUACAUACAUGAGGUGGAGGGAGACUACGACUAUGCAGCGAUACCAAAUCGAAGUAAGUCGGGGUUCACUGUAUGAUACUUUGUCUAAUGACCAAUGCAUAUGGACCAUACACGUUUCCCGUGUACAGCUGUAUUGCAUGAUUGGUGAGCAAAGUGACUAAGUGUAUGUAGUUGUGCCUAUGUGUAUGUACUUUUUAUUGAGCGAAUAAUGUAAUAUGGAGCUCCCUCAAGUGGGGUCCGAAGCGUUGCACGCCCAUAUGAAUUGUACUCAUGUUGUGACAGCAUGGGAAAUUACCCACUUCUCCAUACACGGAAAUUCUUGUUAGUACUUCAGAAUCAAAUGCCGUUCUACGUAGUUGUGACACUCCUGAUAUAAUUAUAUUAUGCGUAUAAAUACUUGUGAAAAGGCACGUCAUAUUGAAACGCUCGCCAAAAAUGCAUUGCAUUGCUCUAGUAAUAAUCCACCACAUACCAAUGUUUUACGUCACUCUAAGUAGAAUUUUAAUUUAACAAUUGUCUGCCAUUCGCGUGUGAAUUUGGCAUUCGCUAGCCAUUGUUACAGUGUGCGGAUUAUAAUUGGGGCAGAACUUACACUGCAGAUGUGCAAAAAGUGGAUGUUUAUUUUACACAUUGCAUGCACCCUGUGGGUGUGUGUGUUAGUCAACCUUAGGACAGCUAAAUGAGACCUUAACUAUGCAACUAUGUAGGUAUUUAUUGCGAGCACAACCACCAAUUCCGUAACUUUCCAGGCUUAUAAUUAUUUUCCUCACAUCAUCUGAGUGUAAUGAUCAAUAUUUCUCAGGUGCAGCAAACAUGUUUUGUAGAGAGAGAGGAGAGUAUGUGGAUAUCAACCGCAACCCCCCCUCACACCCCUCCUCCUCCUCCUCCUCUGUCUCCUCGUCACCCACCCUCAUGUCCCCCCACAGUAGAGCUCCAGCACUUCCUCCACGUCAACGACCCAGACCCCCGCCACGACCCUUGA